CUCUCAAAUUGAGCGUAACUUACAUCCCACUAGAUGCUAACCAGUUUAGACGCGUGGAGCACAACCAUCCGCAAAACAACCGCUGUUAGUGGAUUUACUGUUUUUUUCUAAAUGUUUUUGUAAAGGUCAACUUAUUGAUUUUACAGUUGAGGUUCCCGACAAUAUUUUAAGUUUUAUUAGUCGUUACGAUCAAAUGCGUAAUGCUGCAAGUUCAUCUUAUCCUUGUGUGUGCUAUCAGUGCCAUAGCAGUAAUAUGUUAUCAUUAUGUUGCCAAGAAGUACCAGUAUUUUUUGAGUAAACCUAUUCCGUGCGUGAAACCUACGUUUCUACUAGGCAGUAGUGGUGCAACAGUUUUUCGGCGGCGGGGUAUUGUCUCCCAAUUGAUAAAGCUGUACAACGCAUAUCCCGAAUCCAAAGUAACAGGUGCUUACGAUUUUACCACUCCGGUUUUUCUUAUUCGCGACCCGGACUUUGUGAAAAAGAUUUGCGUGAAAGAAUUUGAUUUCUUCACGGAUCAUACACCGAUAAUGCCCAUAGAUAAGGCAGACAAGGAGAACGAUAGGAAAAGUUUUACCCAAAACUCGUUAUUCUUGCUGAGAGGCCAAAAAUGGAGAGAUAUGCGAGCGACGUUGAGUCCAGCGUUCACCGGGAGCAAGAUGCGUCAUAUGUUUGACUUAGUGGCGAAGUGUGGCCAAUCGAUGAGCAAUUUUUUCACCGAAGAAUUGAAAAGAGAGAAUAGUAUGGAGUAUGAAAUGAAGGAUAUAUUUUCGCGUUUAUGCACCGACAUGAUCGGCACAGUUGCUUUUGGUUACGAAAUGGAUUCACUGGCAAAUCGGAACAAUGAGUUUUACCUGCAAGCUACUCAAAUGAUAAAUCCACGCUCAAUCGUGCUUAUGUUUAAAUUUCUGCUGAUGUUCACUUUACCUUCGUUCAUGGAGAAGCUGGGAGUGGAUUUCAUAAGUUCAAGCUUAUUGAAGUAUUUUAAAGGAAUAAUUCUCGACAACUUUAAACAGCGGGAGAUGCGAGGCAUCGUUCGAAACGAUAUGAUUCAUAUGCUUAUGGAAAUUCGUCAAGGGAUUCAGACGCAAGAGUCUACUGUGAAAGAAUCUAUUCAUUUUCGAAAGUGGACUGACAACGAACUUAUCGCACAGUGUUUAUUAUUUUUCAUGGCCGGGUACGAAACAGUAUCAACAUGCUUAUCAUUUCUGACGUAUGAACUUGCAGUAAAUUCUGAAGUUCAAAAACGUCUGUAUGAGGAAAUCCAGAACACAGAACAAUCUCUCAAUGGAACACCUCUGACAUACGAGAUACUUCAAAACAUGCCCUAUAUGGAUAUGGUCGUAUCAGAGGGUCUUCGUAUGUGGCCUCCACAAUUGAUUUCUGAGCGUCACUGCACUAAAGAUUAUCACUAUGAUGAUGGAUCAGGGACGCAAUUCAUCAUAGAGAAAGGGCGAACUGUCAUGAUUCCAAUAAUUGCCAUUCAUCGCGAUCCGAAAUAUUACCCAAAUCCAGAUAAAUUUGAUCCGGAACGAUUCGGUGAAGCCAAUCAAUCGAAGCUUGUUUCGGGAACCUAUCUACCAUUUAGCUUAGGUCCAAGAAAUUGCAUCGGAUCCCGAUUAGCGGUAAUGGAAGUAAAAUCAACUAUUUACUACUUGCUGAAGAACUUUAGUUUGAAUCCAUCCGAGCGGACGCAGAUACCUCUUCGGCUAAUGAAGCAUAUGUUUGCAUUGCUCUCCGAAAAAGGCAUUUGGUUGAAGAUUGAACCAAGGAAUUAAAGAAUCUGACAAUGGAAACAUGUUCAUGGAGGAUCUAGAGCCAUGUAUUAAUGAAAGAGACAGUUGAAUAAUACUGUAUGGGCAACUUAGUUGAUAAACCUAAAUUAUAACCAUGUCCAAUUUUCAUUUAAAUCAUAUAUGGCUGGUCGUAUGAAAUAUAAUGAUUAGCAUUUCUUAUUUACAACGGAAAACAAAUGGAACUGGAAUAACUUACCAUCUGGAUCAACCGAACGACGAGAACGGAAAACUGUUGAAUCUGCAACAAGAAAAGAAUAAAUUUGUAUUACUACCUGUGCAAUUUUUUCAAAAAAAUAGUAUCUUUUAGAGUGAUUUACAUGAUU